AUGUUCGCCAAGGCCCUCAUCUUCGCUCUCGCCACUGCUGGUGCUGUUACCGCCCAGGCCCAGGUUCAGAAUUACACCAGCUCGCUCGACAUGCAGCUUGACCCCAACCAGGCCACUGCUCAGGAACGCGCCCAGUGGUGCAGCGCCGAGACCAACAGUUGCUCGCAGCUCUGCGGUAACACCGAGUCUAAGAACGACUGCUCUGCUACUGACCUCAAGUACAACUGCCUCUGCUCCAACGGCAGCGCUCCUGGACUCCAGUACUAUUCCCAGACGAUGCCUACCUUUAUCUGCCAGAAGCUCUUUGAUCUCUGCAACACCAACAACGUCGGCAAUGCCAGAAACCAAGAGGCCUGCAAAACCAACAUCAUGUCGCACUGCGGUACCCUGGACCCUACUAAGGCCUCCACGGGCGGCUCCAGCAGCAGCAGCACUUCCGGCUCCUCCUCCACUGGCUCCUCCAAGCCUACCAGCACUGCCGGUGACAGCGGUUCCGCCUCGACGACUAGCAGCAGCAGGGCCAUUGCCGCUCCCACCAUGGCCGCCGGCCAGGGUAUCGCCGCCGCUGCCGCCGCCGUCGGUGUCUUUGCUUAUCUCAUUUAA